AUGCACAGAGAAUGCGAAAUUUUACACGUUUUGACGAACGGGGUUGCCAGAUGGACGGCAGCUGAAUGCAUCCAGCUGAUGCGCCUAUCGAUAACGAUAUCUAAUGUGCAUCGAUUCGAUUUAAGCAAUUUAAAAAUGAAGGAGUCCAAGAAAAAGUCCCGUAAAACGACCAAAAAAGCCAAGGACCCGACGGAUUCGGAGAAAAAGGAAACCAUAAAGCUGCUGCACGAGUACAACGACCUGAAGGACGCCACACAGCUCGUCCUGGGAGCCUUGGCAACCAUGAAAGGCGUCCCCAUCCGAUCGCUCUACUCCACCUACGACCUGCCCCUCGACGAAUAAACCAACAGCUAUUUUUAGUCUUCAUGUACUCGUUGUAAAUAGCGUAUAUACAACCAAGUGCUAGUAAAUGCCUCCUGGUUGGGCAGUUCCUUGUUGUCUACCACUCUAAUAAAUCCACUUAAAGCUA